UCCUAGUAGGCCAUCUUUCGGUGUAACAGUGCAGUUUCAGCAGAGGGCUCGUCCUCCAGCUAACGGCUACUACGAUGGCGUCAACUGAGAUAGCAAGGCAAGCGGGAGAAGGUGCUCGUGCUGUACCACUUGCAGGCCAUGUUGGCUUUGACAGCAUGCCCGACCAGCUGGUCAACAAGUCUGUCAAUCACGGCUUCUGCUUCAACAUCCUCUGUGUUGGCGAGACGGGUCUGGGGAAGUCCACCCUGAUGGACACAUUGUUCAACACCAAGUUUGAGGGCGAGCCCACCCAGCACAACCAGCCGGGAGUAACGCUCAAGUCCAACACCUACGAACUCCAGGAGAGUAAUGUGCGUCUCAAACUCACUGUCGUCAACACUGUGGGCUUCGGAGACCAGAUCAAUAAAGAAGACAGCUACAAGUCCAUUGUGGAGUUUAUUGAUGCCCAGUUUGAAGCAUAUCUACAGGAGGAGCUGAAAAUCAAGCGCACGCUACACAGCUACCACGACACCCGCAUCCAUGCAUGCCUGUACUUCAUCGCUCCCACGGGACACUCGCUCAAAUCCCUGGACUUGGUGACCAUGAAAAAACUUGAUAGCAAGGUCAAUAUUAUUCCAAUCAUCGCCAAGUCAGAUGCCAUCUCCAAGAGCGAACUGGCCAAGUUCAAAAUCAAAAUCACCAGUGAGCUGGUCAGCAACGGAGUGCAGAUCUACCAGUUUCCCACCGAUGACGAGUCCGUGGCAGAGAUCAACUCCACGAUGAACAGCCAUUUGCCAUUCGCCGUGGUGGGGAGCACAGAGGAAGUGAAGAUCGGGAACAAGAUGGUGAAGGCCAGGCAGUACCCCUGGGGGACAGUGCAGGUGGAAAAUGAGAAUCACUGUGAUUUUGUCAAACUGCGAGAAAUGCUGAUCAGAGUGAACAUGGAGGACCUGCGAGAGCAGACUCACACGCGCCAUUAUGAGCUCUACCGCCGCUGCAAACUGGAGGAGAUGGGCUUUAAGGACACGGACCCUGACAGCAAGCCCUUCAGUCUGCAGGAGACAUAUGAAGCCAAGAGGAAUGAGUUUAUGGGUGAGCUGCAGAAGAAGGAAGAAGAAAUGAGGCAAAUGUUCGUCCAGAGAGUGAAAGAAAAGGAGGCGGAGCUCAAAGAAGCAGAGAAAGAGCUGCAUGAGAAGUUUGACCGUCUGAAGAAGCUCCACCAGGAUGAGAAAAAGAAACUGGAGGAGAAGAAGAAGUCCCUGGACGACGAGCUCAACAUGUUCAAACAGAAAAAGACUGCUGCAGAGCUCCUGCAGAACCAAGCUCAGCAGGCAGGGGGCUCCACCACACUCAAGAGGGACAAAGAGAGGAAAAAUUAACUCCUCCUGCACUUUGCUGCAUGCUGCAUGAGGCAUCUUUUACUGAGAAGGAUUCCUGUAGAAAAGUGCUCCCUUGUGGCCAUCCUGCUGUGAAUGAGUUUCCACCCCAUCAUCCUUUUUACAGUACCCUUCCCCUCACCCUCACCCAACCCUCCCCCCAUAAUUCAACCCUCCACAUGUCCCACUGCUCUUUGGAAGACCCCCGGGCAUUGCUAUCAGUUUGACUCCUUUUACACAUCACCUUUUUUUUUUUUUUUUUUUUUUUUUUUUUAAAGCUGAAUGAUGCUUGUCUAUGAUGUGGUUUUGUACAAGCAAUUAUUCAGCUUGUCGUUUUUUUUUAUAUAAAUCUACAGAAAAUGCAUUCCAUAUUUGUUUUCUAUUUAGUGACUCUUUGCAUGGUGGAGUGUGCUUUUUUAAUAUUAACAUACAUGACUACUGUUGUGAUGGGCAGAAAUUGUGUCGAGGCUAAAGCGAAACAUGCAUCAAACAUCGGGACCUGAGUGUGUUAUGUGUGGUGCAAAACCUGCAGUAGAUUACAGACGGUUGAGGACGGAUUAAAUUAAUAAUCUAUAAAACUAAUCCAGGCAAAAGGUCAGCAGCGAUCAUCCGACUGAUUCUCUAUUCAGUGAUUUCACAAACUCAAUGUUCUGUUUUGUUUUUUGUUUUCUUUUUUUAAACAGAAAUACAACAGAAGAGCAACCAGUGUAAUUGGUUAACAGUGCAGCCAAACAAACUUGUUUUGGUGAAGAAGUCAGUCAAUAAUUUCCUUUUUCCAUCGCGCCACGAACAAUCAUAAUCUGAUGCUGCACACGACACAAAUGGAACACAAAAUAUUGCAAGAGAAUGCAAAAAAAAAAAUCCGUAGCUCAGCAAUUUUAAUGUGAAGCAGUAGCAGCAGGAAGUGUUCGGUUUUGGUUAGCUAACAGUAAACAGUGCGGCUGACAUCAAUGAGAUACGACUACAAACGGUAACGCAGCAGGAAAUGACAGACGCCGCCAGUAGCAAUAAGAAGUACUAUUUAUAUACAGGUUGUAAUUGAAUGUAAACACAUUGAAUGGCUACUGCUGACCAUAAAUAGCACCAAAAAUGGAUUUUGAUUCCAUGAAAAUCUUUACGGUUCGACUGAAUGUUACCUCAGCAAAAUAUACCUUAGACUUACAAUGAAAAUUGAGUUUACUUUAUUUUUUAUUGUGGUAUUUACGUCCCUUUGCUGAUGUUGUUUUGUUUUAGCUCUGUGCAUGAACAGAUGUGAGCCUAAUCUCUUUGCCACUUCUCCCAUACCUCAUUCAUUGUCAUGUGUUAUGUUCAUACUUGUAUUAGCUUUCACAUUUGCACUUUUUAUACACAAAUGUGAUGUUUUUUAAAAAAAGAAAAAAACUAUAUAUAUAUAUAUGUUGUCAGUGCAAUUGUAACUUUCUUUUUAUUUUACUCUUUAUGAAGGCACAUUUGAAAGUCAUUCAUCGUGAUGUCCAUUGUCCUGCAGGGACGAGUGUUGUUUGUAUCAGUGUUACACAGAAAAGAAACAUUAUCUCGAAAGACAAUAAAGGCCAAAUUUUUUCACCAAAUAUUA